AUGUACGCAAAAGCAGACAAGUCAAGUGUUUAUAUCGACGCCCGAUAUGUGUGGCUGUUCAGCCUUGAUGUUACUAGUUGGGCUUGGGGAUGUGCUGCGUUGACCAUCAUGUAUACAUCACUUAGAGUGACGACAACAUUUGACACCAGACAUCUUACUGGUUAUUUGAGUUUAUUACAAUGUUGGAUAUACAAGCAUUUCUAUACCAUUUGUGAUUGGAGGGUGCAACAUUCUCUAGUGGGGUCCCACAUGCGAGGAGAUGGAGGGCCAGACAGUUACACCCUAGUAGUGUUAUUAAGUUAUAUGCGGUGGGAGACCAUGGUCGCUAGACACUUGCCAGAGAGGUGUCUAAGACAAUAUGGUUAUGUUCAGAGAAUCCCACGACCAGUUCUGAAUAUUCCAUUUGCGGGCAUUAACAGGUGGUUUCAGAGUAAUAUCAUAAACUUUGGUCGUGCCAUUGAAGAUCACGCGGUUACAGUUCAGAACGCCUCGCAAUGUGAGGAUGGUUACUUGGAGUGGUACUUCAGUGUAUCACACCCUUGUAUCAUCCCACCUAUUAAGCAUACAAAUGAUGUUGGGGCUUGUGAUACUGGGGUACCUGUCGACGAUGUACCACCGCCGUCUCCUACAACUGAUGUCGAUGACCAGCAACACCUCUAG